AUGAAAACAAAUAAACAUUUGUAUCACUUAAAAAAGUGCAACCACUCCAAUGGGAGAGUUAAACCUUUAAUGAACAAAGUGUAUAUGCUUAUCCUUAGUUUGAAACCUAGCUUAAAAUAUUAUGGAUAUUGUGAAAUAUAUUUUUUAAAAACCUCAAAUAAGGGGAAAAAAAUCAAAUUAUAUUUUAACGACAAAUAUAUUAAAAUUUUGAAAAUUUAUCUUAUUUAUCCAUUGAAAUAUGUAAAUGAAAUAAAGAAAAAGUAUAUAAAGAAAGGAGACAAUUGUUUUUAUACAAUUUUUUCCAAUUAUUUGAAUUUAAAAGGAUUAUAUAGACUUAUAGUUUACUUUUAUUACGAAAGUGUAGAAGAAAAAAUUGAAGGUAUAUAUGUUUCCGAAUCGAAAAAAAAUAUAAAUGAGGAAAUAAAAUUAAUUACUACUGAUAUACAUAAUCUCAAAAAAAAAAAAAAAAAAAAAAAGUAUAUAGUAAAAUGCUCAAGUUUUAAAACUACGUGGAAUUAUUUUUAUUUUCGAAAAAAUUAUAAAUUGGUACGAUUUGAGUUUAAUGGAUUAAAAUUUAAACAUAACAAUAAUUAUAGUUACAUAAACACAUUUUGUGAAUUAUUUUACCUUCCUACAAUAUUUCCAUGUCUAAAUUAUAACAUCCAUAAAAUAAAAUUUAAAUUGUAUGUAUCAUUUCAAGUUACUUUAAAUAAUAAAACCAAAUGUGUUGAAAAAUAUUUACAUUUUUAUAAACAUUUAGAAAAUAGUAGCGAGGAAACAAAAAAUUAUUUUAAUUUGAGCUUAACAAAUUUAAGCAAAUCUUGCAAAAAUAACACGAAAAAAAAAUACGAUAUUGAUAUUAUAAAUCCCUCACAUUUGGUCAUAAGUAACAGCAAAUUAAAAAAAGUCUAUUACAGUAAUAAAAAAAUAUGGAAAAAUUAUUUUUCUUUUUCUUUACAUAAAAAAUGUCAUUUAGAGCAUUGGGAUAAGACAGUAGCAUUACCUUCCCAAGUAAUGCAUAAUAUUUUACCAAAUGUGAAAAAGAUAAAGAAAAGAGAAAAAGGACCCCAAAAAAUAACCAAAAUAACCAAAAUAAAAUAUGCAUUAUGCCUACAUAACAAUAAUAAUCGUAACAUUGAACAUAGAAUAAAUACAAAAAAAGAGAAAGGAUAUAUAACCUACGAAUUUUUUAAAACAAAAAAUAAAAUUUUAAAUUACACCUUUUGUUUAUUUGUAGGUCUAUAUAAUAAAGUACAUUUAAAAAUUAAAGGAAUACCUAUUUAUAUAUAUAUUGAAAAAAAUAAUGAAAAUAAACAAAAUGAAUACAGCUUUUUUAUAAAUAUAUUGAAAAGUGUAUUACUAAUUCUUAUGAAAAUAAAUAUUUGUUUAAAAAAAAAAAUAAUAGACAAUAAUUUUUUGCAAUUUAUAAUUUUAAAUAAAUAUAAAUAUGUAGGUGAAGAAAAUCACAAUUGUCUUACAUUUCUAUCUACAUUUAUUAAGAUAAAUCUAAGUAAUAAUAAUUUUUAUAAAAUAUUAUCAGUCAUAAAAAUUAUUGUUCAUGAAAUUUUUCAUAUAUUAUGGGGAAAUUGCAUAUACAUUAAAGACGAAAAAUAUUUAUGGUGUAAAGAAGGGUUAACUAGAUUUUAUGAAUUAAUAUAUACUAAAUUAAUUUUUAAAAAAAUAAAAACAUAUAUAUAUACACACACAUGUAUAAAUUACUCUAACUCAUUGCUACAAAUUUAUAAUAUUCUUCAAUAUUAUUUUUAUAUUCUUAUUAUAGACACACUUAAUAUAUAUAAUCACACUUUACAACCCUCAAAUAGUAGUGUGUAUAAAAAUAAUAAAAUUAAAAAAAACAAACAAAAAAUGGGUAAUAAUUACAACUCAAAUUAUAAAUACAAUAUAAACAGUUUUAAAAAAUCCACAUUUUACGAAAGAGAUAUUCAUCAUUUUUAUAACCCUCUUACAUACAAUAAAGGAAUGAAUAUUUUUAAAAUUAUUACUAUUUUAUGCACACCAUAUUUUAGCAUAAUCAUAAAAUUGUUAUAUUAUAAUUUUUACAACCAUUAUAUAAAUAAGAAAAAAUUGUUUACAUUUAUUAAUUUUUUUUAUUUUAUUUUUCGUAUUAAGCCAUUUUUUUUUAAUUAUAAGAAGAAAAUAAAGAUUAUAAAUAAUCAAAAUAAAAGAAUAAACAAUUUCUUUCAAUCAUGUACACCAGUUUAUAAAAAUAAAUUAUCCAAAUUUUUUAAAAUUAAAAUAAAAUACAAAAAAAAAUUACCAAGAUAUAAUAAUAAAUAUGUCUUUUUCCAGAAUUUCUAUUCACCAUUUUUAAAAUUGUCUUUUAAAAAGCUCUAUAAAAUUUAUUGUAAUCAAAUCAGUAAAUUUCAUUUAAAUUGUAAAGAUAUUUCUGUAAAAAAAUGUAAUACAAUAUUUGAGGAUAUUAGAAUAAUGAGACAAAAAGAAAAAUUAUAUUUUACUACUUUAAAUAUUAAGUAUAUAAAAAAAAAUAUAAACAUAAAGUAUAUAAAAAAAAUCAAGUGUUUAAAUAAUAUUUUGAAAAACUAUAUAAAUAUAGUUGGUCCUCCGAAAUUAUUUAUAAAAUAUAUUAAGAAUAAAAAUAAAUUAUUAAUUCGUCAAAAGCAUUAUUAUUAUGAUAAUUAUGCUCAAAAAAUUAAAGAAACGAAUAAUUUAUUUAAAAUACCAUUUAUUUUUAAAUUUAAUAAUAAAACUUAUAAAAUACUAAUUACAAAAAAAUCAACUUUAGUAGAUCUAUAUUUAUUGUGGAAUGAAAACAAUGAGGAAUGUAAAACAACAACUAUAGAGAUAGAUUAUCAAAAUAAAAUAAAUUUCUUCAAUAUAUGUUUUAAGAAUAAUUGUUAUUUUUCUUAUCAUUUUGUUGACAUAAACUCUUUUAGUCUUAUAAUAAAUUCUAUCAAAAAUAAUAAAUGUUCCGAAAAUGAUAUAUUCUAUAUUGUUGUAAAUAUAAUACUACACCUUUUAGUCCCUGUUAAAUCAUUACAACAUGCCAAAUAUUUAAAUUACUUGGUGUGUAAACAAAUAUUUUUGGUAUAUAAAGCGCUUAAAGUUAAUUCCAUGAAAUGUAACAAAACCCGCAAUAUCACUGCUAUUUUUUGCAUUGAAUUUUUCAAAUGUUAUAUGCAUUUUAGUCAAUAUUUUAGGGAUAUAGAAAAUCAAAAAUUAAAAUUAAUGAUAAGAAAAGAAUUAAUAAAUAGUACAUUUUUUGGUGAAGUUGAUAAAGACGUUGAAUUUUUAUUUAAAGAUUUUAUAAAUUAUUUAUCAAAAAUUUUUUAUUUAUUUAAAGAAUCAAUAAGUUUAUUACAAUAA